AUGGAGGGUCAGGCUCCCGACGCCACGGCCAUGGAGGACCAGCCUCCCGAUGCCAUGGUUGGCCCUUCGCUUCCCCUGGCCAUGGCUGCCGAAGGUCAGACAGCGGCUGCAAAGCGGCUGGCCACGCGUGCCCGAGAUGACCUGGCCACGACGGACGCCCCAGACCUGGACGCGACGGACGCCCAAGGCCUGCCCCCGCCGAUCGCUCAAGGGCUGGCAGCGGCCGUUGACGAUGUGGUCGUGCCCGAGGGCUCCAUGGAUGGCGAAGCUCCAUCGCCAGCCACUGCUAUAUUCAGAAAUUUUAGCAAAAAUCCAGGCAGUGGCGGCGAGCCAGCCAGCCCAGGCAGCAAGGGCGGCGGCAGCCAGGAAACCUGCCCAGGCACAGGCAGUGGUCUCGGCCGUACGUACGUACUUACGACAGUAACAGAAGGAGCGGUCUCGGCCAUCAAGCAGUCUCGGCAAAUACAUGUAUAA